CAAAGUAUAUUUAAUAGUGCAUUUAUAAUACCUACCUGGAGUAUUUUUUACAUUUAAUUUUAAUUGUUGAGCCUCUUACUGAUCUUUACUUUUUUUGUCUGCACUAAAAAUUAUUCUGAAUAACUCAUACUUACUUAUUAGCUUUAAUCGAAGAACUUCAUUCUUGAAGUUUUACUUUAUAAUAACUUAAUGAUUUGAAUCGAAUUUUUUAUUAAUAAUACUAAUUUACUUGGUACAUGUUUGGCGUUUUUACCCAAAAUUGUUGCAUGAAUUAUCAAUAAUUUUCAUUCGUAAUGUAAAUAAAUGAUGUGGCAAGAUGCCCACGCUUUCUAAUUUGUUUCCUGGAGUCUAAUUUUGUACUCUCUAACUAUCUUAAAGAAGACGAGGAUAAAUAUUUUUCUAAGCGAAAAUAAUUACACCACACACCACACUUACGUGAAAUUUCUGUAAUAUUAUUUUCUAAAGUUUAAUAUUAACAGAAGAAACUUUCCUGGAAAAUCGACUGUUGGACGAUUGAGAUGUAUAUGAAGACUAUUUAAAAUGAUACAUCACUCACCAACCGUGUCAAUUGUCAAUUAAGAAAAAUAUUUUCAUUGCGAAUCACGAAAAUAACUGUGUAAAAUGUACUAUAGUUCCUAUUACUUGAGUCGCAAACUCUUUGCCAUUGAUAUUUUAUAUAAUUAAUAUAUUUUCUUAUAUCAUGUGCGAGCACUGCUUAAUAAAGCAGUAUUUUGUAAAUACAUGUCAGUACCCUCCAACGACUCUGUUAUAUUUUAGUUAAAAUUGGCUAUAACUUUCAAUUACUACUAACAUAAGAACGAAAUUGUGAUAAGACAUUACUCUUAUUAAGAUUGCAACUGCGAAAAAUCUUGCAUAAUGUAGGUAUUAUAAAUAUUUGAAGUAAAGAUGAAAUGAAAAAAAGAAAAGAAAAAAAGUGUCAUGUUUACCAUGAAUUAUACCGCAUCCCUUCUUCUCUCGAAAAAACUAUAAUGGUCACAUGUUACAAAGUAAAAAAUCGCAGCGUCAUUCAAACUAGCUUAUGCGAGCUUUAAAAAUCGCCACCUACAUCUCACGAUGCAACUAAACUUGAUAACAAAGAGUCGCUCGUUUAGCGUCUGUCUGCUGCGCCAAACGUCAAUAACAUGCCCAAACAAACAAUCACGCAGUCGUUCGUUCCGCAUCGUGGCAUAUUUUAAUCGUUUUUUGUAAAAUUUAGUUGUAAAUCUAUGCGCUACGUUCUAUUUUUGUUUGAUUGUUAAUGAACAUAAACGAACAAAAUCGAACUGAACAAAAAAUUCGAACGAAAUCAUGAGCAACACAAAACAUUUGACAAUCGGCUCGAAGGCGCCACCAUUGCAACCGGGUAAAUUAAGACUUUACAGUAUGAGAUUUUGCCCUUAUGCUCAAAGAAUUCACCUGGUUUUGGACGCAAAAAAUACACCGUAUGAUGUGGUUUAUGUAAAUCUUAGUCAAAAACCAGAGUGGUUGCAAGAAAAAAGUCCUCUAGGGAAAGUGCCAUGUCUAGAAUUGGAGAAUGGAGAAACUUUAUAUGAAAGCCUUAUUAUAGCUGAAUAUUUGGAUGAAAUGUAUCCUGAUCAUCGCUUGUAUCCAACAGAUCCACUGUAUAAGGCAAAAGACAAGCUUUUAAUCGAGAGAUUUAAUGAUGUUAUAACUAGCAUGUAUAAAUUGUAUUUAGGAAAAGUUGUAGAUAAAGAUUUAUUUGAAGAGGCUCUAGAAGGUUUGGAUUUAUUCGAUCAAGAAUUGAUAAAAAGAGGAACACCCUUUUUUGGUGGUUCUCGACCAGGAAUGCUAGACUUGAUGAUUUGGCCUUGGUGUGAAAGAGCUGAUAUCAUACAAAUUUUAAGAGGUGAUCAAUACAUCAUUCCAAAUGAUCGAUUUUCCAGAUUGCUUCAGUGGAAAAAUGCUAUGAAAGAAGAUACAGGUGUUAAGAAGAGCUAUUUAGAUUCAGAAACUCAUGCUAAAUAUAUGAAAAGUCGCCAAGCUGGAACCCCUCAAUAUGAUUAAAAAAAUGUUGAAGAACAUAAUUAUCGGAUAGCAAUGAACAAUUUUGACACUCCAAAUUAUUUGUGAUACAGCACAAGCUUUUAAUUUUUUAACUUUUAAUACACUUCACACAAUAUAAAUAAUGUAAUUGAUAGUUCUAUUACUUUAAGGACGGAAAGUAGAACACAGUUUAAGAUCAACAUCAAUUUUUAAGAUAGUAAAAUAUAGCAUUUAUAAUGUAACUAUUUACACUUUUAUAAAUUCUGUUAUUAAACAAAUCUAAUUAAAAAACAUAGAAUAUAAACCAUAGAUUAAGAAAAUAAUAAAAGUCAAACAAGCAGCAACAA